AGGGGCGGAAGCCGGAAGCCAAGCCCUCGGCUGCGCGUGGCGGUGGUGCUGGUGGCGGCGGUGGUGGCGAUGUCGGCCACCGGGGCUGUGAAGCCGGGCCCUCCGGGGGUUGCCGCCGCCCCCUUGCCCACCCCGGCCCGAGCUCCCGCUCCGAGAGACUUGUUCCGGCCCAUCAGCGCCGAGGACGAGGAACAGCAGCCCACCGAGAUCGAGUCACUCUGCAUGAACUGUUACCGCAACGGCAUGACUCGCCUCCUGCUCACCAAGAUUCCCUUCUUCAGAGAGAUAAUUGUGAGCUCGUUUUCUUGCGAACACUGUGGCUGGAACAACACAGAGAUUCAGUCGGCAGGCAGGAUCCAGGACCAGGGAGUGCGCUACACUUUGACCGUCAGGGCUCAGGAGGACAUGAACAGAGAAGUGGUGAAGACUGACUCUGCCACCACAAGGAUUCCUGAGCUGGAUUUUGAAAUUCCUGCUUUUAGCCAGAAGGGAGCUCUGACCACUGUUGAAGGAUUGAUCAGCCGUGCUAUCUCUGGCUUGGAGCAGGACCAACCCACACGAAGGGCAAAGGAAGAAACCAUAGCUGAAAGAAUUGAUGAGUUCAUCACCAGACUGAAGGAGCUAAAGCAAGUGGCCUCUCCUUUCACUCUGAUCAUUGAUGAUCCCUCAGGGAACAGCUUUGUGGAAAACCCUCAUGCUCCUGGAAAAGAUGAUGCACUGGUGAUUGCACACUAUAAUCGGACUCCACAGCAGGAAGAGGCGCUGGGGCUCCAGGCAGAGACAUCAGAAGAGAAGCCAGAAGAGGAAGAUCUCAGGAAUGAAGUGUUACAGUUCAACACAAACUGCCCAGAAUGCACUGCUCCGGCCCAGACCAACAUGAAGCUAGUCCAAAUCCCCCACUUUAAGGAAGUUAUCAUCAUGGCCACCAACUGUGAGAACUGUGGGCACCGGACCAAUGAGGUGAAAUCUGGAGGAGCAGUGGAGCCCUUGGGCACCAGGAUCACCCUUCACAUCACAGAUCCCUCUGAUAUGACCAGAGACCUCCUCAAGUCUGAGACGUGUAGUGUGGAAAUCCCAGAGCUUGAAUUUGAACUGGGAAUGGCUGUCCUCGGGGGCAAGUUCACCACACUAGAGGGGCUGCUGAAAGACAUCCGGGAGCUGGUGACCAAGAACCCUUUCACACUGGGUGACAGUUCCAAUCCUGGCCAGACAGAGAAACUGCAGGAGUUUAGCUGGAAGUUGGACCAGAUCAUCGAGGGUAGCAUGAAGGCCCACUUCAUUAUGGAUGAUCCGGCGGGAAACAGCUACUUGCAGAAUGUGUAUGCGCCUGAAGAUGAUCCUGAGAUGAAGGUGGAGCAUUAUAAGCGCACAUUCGAUCAAAACGAGGAGCUUGGGCUCAAUGACAUGAAGACAGAAGGCUAUGAGACAGGCCUGGCCCCACAGCGGUAACAGCGGGCGGCAUGGGCCAGCCCCCAGUGCUGUUCACACCGCAGGGUUAUUUAGUGCUAUUGUAGUAAGGCUGGAGUGUCCUCCCCACCAGGCCGUGGCCACAGUGGGUAGAAUGCCUAAUCUGAGCCAGAGAUCUAGGCACAUGUUGUAAACAGUUUGUGAUGCAAGUGCAAGCUUGUUGUGUUACUUGACCUUAUUCUGGAGGUUUUGAAUUGGUCUGUGAAGAAACCUGGAGAUGAACCAGGUCAUUACCACUUUUUUUCCCAUCAAGUCUUUAUCCUCCCUCCAUAUAAUACUCAACUCUAGGGUUGGAAUCCUGAAGUUUUUCCCAGCUUGACCCAAGGAAAUGGAGAAGGUGGAAUAUAGCCACAACUGGAGUUUGGGAGUUGGUUUUGGGUAUACAAAAUACUGACUUUUGGCAGGUGAAGAGUCUUCUGUGGGGAGGGAGUCCAGCACAGGUGAAGACAUUAUCAUUAAAAGAUGGCUUUCACAUA